AUGCUCAAGCCCUGGCAGCAGGUCGAGGGCGGCCGGAGAGGAUGCUCAAGCCCUGGCAGCAGGUCGAGGGUCGCUGGGGAGGAUGCUCAGGCCCUGGCAACAGGUCGAGGGCGGCCGGGGAGGAUGCUCAAGCCCUGGCAGCAGGUCGAGGGUCGCUGGGGAGGAUGCUCAGGCCCUGGCAGCAGGUCGAGGGCGGCCGGGGAGGAUGCUCAAGCCCUGGCAGCAGGUCGAGGGUCGCUGGGGAGGAUGCUCAGGCCCUGGCAACAGGUCGAGGGCGGCCGGGGAGGAUGCUCAAGCCCUGGCAGCAGGUCGAGGGUCGCUGGGGAGGAUGCUCAGGCCCUGGCAACAGGUCGAGGGCGGCCGGGGAGGAUGCUCAAGCCCUGGCAGCAGGUCGAGGGUCGCUGGGGAGGAUGCUCAGGCCCUGGCAACAGGUCGAGGGCGGCCGGGGAGGAUGCUCAAGCCCUGGCAGCAGGUCGAGGGUCGCUGGGGAGGAUGCUCAGGCCCUGGCAACAGGUCGAGGGCGGCCGGGGAGGAUGCUCAAGCCCUGGCAGCAGGUCGAGGGUCGCUGGGGAGGAUGCUCAGGCCCUGGCAACAGGUCGAGGGCGGCCGGGGAGGAUGCUCAAGCCCUGGCAGCAGGUCGAGGGUCGCUGGGGAGGAUGCUCAGGCUCUGGCAACAGGUCGAGGGCGGCCGGGGAGGAUGCUCAGGCCCUGGCAGCAUGUCAGGGGGCUGGGGAGAUGCUCAGGCCCUGA